GAGGUUAGUCCCGGAUAAGAUUUUUCUUAAAAUUUGAAGAAAUUGAUGGAUAAUUAGGGCUCAUCAGAUGGAUGGAAGUCAUUUGAGUGUCGGCACUUCUUUGGUAGGGAAUACACAUGUGUCAACAUCAAAGAUUGGCAGAUUCUUUUGAAGAGCAGACUAGUCAAUUGUCAGAGGUCAUCAUGUGUGUAAAUUUUGCAAAUCAAGAUGGCACAUGAGAUACAUUUAAAGAACAACAAAUACCGGCAGUGGGUUAAGGCUGGCCUAGGCUUGGGUUAUCUUAAAGAGGGACUUGCGCCAUUUUUGUGAUGACAUAGGAAGACAGCAGCACAACGAUAUUAUAAACAAAAUACAACAAACAAAGACUCCUCAACCAAACAUACCAUGCAGCACCUGUCAGAUAACAACUCUCCAGCCAGAUCAUGUCCGAGUCUCAAAAGGGAUAUGUCCCCUCAAUCAAGAUAAAUGUAACUGUUGUUUUCCUAAUAAUUAGAGACCCUGUCCAAACAACGUAUGUGGUGCCAUCUAUGACAGCAUUAUACAGUAUCAUGCAUCAAUGCCACCAGUACCUUUUUGGAAAAACAGUGAUGCCCAACAGUGGUCGACAGAACCGUGGGAGGUUUGCAAAUGUUUUAUAAAUGCUCCUGGGUACAAGGACAAGACAUCAGCAGUCGACACUGAUUGCACUGGGUUGCUUCAUGUUAUCAUAAAUAACAAGUACUUUCAUAGCCAUAUUGGAUGCAAUGUUACAGGACCAAACAAUCUUUUUUCAAAGGUACGGCAGUACCGAAACGAAAUUUUUCACUCAAGCAAUAUGGAGUUAGAGGAGAGCAAGGCUAAUUGUUAUAUUGAUGACAUGAUAGCUGUUCUACAAGAUGGUAAAGAACUUUUACAUCAACAAGAUGCACAACAAGCUGUCAGGAAACUUCAAGAUCUGAAGAAAAAGGACUUCAUCAUUACUACUGAAGACUUUGAAGAUAUCCUGAGGCAAAUCAAAGAUGAAAUGUCAAAAGUUUUGAAAUCAACAGAAAAUGCUGCAACUAAGUCUGAAGAAGAAUAUGAGGACCUGAAAAAUAAAUUAACUGAACUUGAAGCACAGAUGUCAGAAGCUGAGAAAGAACGUACAGAGAUGAAAAGGAAAUUUACUGUUCUUGAGACAGAGCAAAAAGAGGUAGAAUGUGUUUCUAUUGUUUGUUGCCAGUUGAUAUAUCGGUUACCAUACAUGUUGAUACAAUUGUACAUGCAUAAAUGUUUGUUUACGGUUAUUAAUAUACCGUUUCAUGUACAGUACAGAUAACGAGGAAUGUUCAAAUUCCUGCGAGUAACGAGUAAUUACAAAAAGCGUGACUACGAGUGAAUUAUAAAUUUCUUGUACACAAAGAAUGACUCCGCGUCGAUAACGAGUGACAAUUAAGUCCGCAGGACUCUGUGAAUCUCCGAGUCAAAAAGAGUGACUCCGAGUAAAUAAGACUGAUUUGGCAUGCUUUAUUUAUUAUACCCCCGCACAACAAAGUUGUAAAGGGGGUAUACUGGAAUCAGCUUGUCCGUCCGGCCAUCCGUCGGUUUUUUCUUGUCCGCCCAAUAACUUAAGAUAUCUCUGACCCUUAGUCUUCAAAUUUGGCAUGGAGGUUAGUCAUGAUUAGUAGAUGACCCCUAUUGAUUUUGAGGUCACUAAGUCAAAGGUCAAGGUCACAGGGGCCUUGACUUAAAAAAGCUUGUCCGCCCAAUAACUUAAGAUUCCUUUGACCUACAGUCUUCAUAUUUGGCAUGGAGGUUAGUCAUGAUUAGUAGAUGACCCCUAUUGAUUUUGAGGUCACCAGGUUAAAGGUCAAGGUCACAGGGGCCUUGACUUCAAAAAGCUUGUCAGCCCAAUAACUUAAGAUUCCUUUGACCUACAGUCGUCAUAUUUGGCAUGGAGGUUAGUCAUGAUUAGUAGAUGACCCCUUUUGAUUUUGAGGUCACCAGGUCAAAGGUCAAAGUCACAGGGGCCUUGACUUCAAAAAGCUUGUCCGCCCAAUAACUCAAGAUUCCUUUGACCCAUAGUCUUCAUAUUUGGCAUGGAGGUAAGUCAUGAUUAGUAGAUGACCCCUAUUGAUUUUGAGGUCAUCAGGUCAAGGUCACAGGGGCCUUGACUUCAAAA